AUGAAUGCAACAGACGCUAGAAAGAGAAGCCAACUAGAUGGAAGUGUGUCUGAAUCUGAGACUAGAACGGAUAUAGAAGGUGCUGAAACACCAUUGCCAUUACCAGUAGCAGUGCAACAAAGUCUGCAAACAAAACCAGAAGUGAUUACUACUAGUAAUGCCCCUGUGCCUCCUGUUAAUGCGUCGCCUACUUCUAGUCCAGCUGGCCAGAUGGAUCCUACUGCAAUCAUGAGUCAGAUGGUGGCAAAUCCUGCACUUGAUGGUCUCUUGUCUGGAGUUUCAAGCCAAACCGGGAUUGGUGAUUACAUCGUCUUUGAACACAAAAUAAGAACAUCUCCUCAUGCAUGGGGAGCAAUCAUCGCAAAAUCAUAA